AUGGCCCCAAAAAAACUGAAGAAGAGACCUGUCGAUGCAAGACCGGAAGAUACAACACCAACUCAACCCGUGAACAUGUCAGGGUUACCCGUGUUUCCAGACGAGUUGCUCCUCGAGAUCCUAUCUCACUAUCCCCCGUUACCACUCUCAACAGUGGAGUUCAACAAUGCCGUCGUCGACGCGUCCGUCACCCGACGAGAAGUCCUGCAAGCAUUGACCCAAACGUGCAGCAACCUGCGACGGUUCUUCCGGCCAUACGCCUGGCAGCGAAUAGAGGUCCACCAUGGAAUGGUGCUCGAGAUUACCACAAUUCGUGACCCCAGUCUGGCCGAGUUUGUUAACGUCCUCAAUGUCGAGGUCACGGAUUACUCCUCAGAGCCUGUCCUUGAAGAACUAGCCCGAUGCAUGGCACUCUUUCCUAAUCUGCAUACCGUGAAGCUCCGCCUCUUGUGGCAAGAGAACUGGAUGAAUGCCAACUACCUGACAAACGCAUUCGAGAAGCGCUCACAACUACCCGCAAAUUAG